AUGUCUCCAUUUAUUAACCAUGGCGACAUGCGGGACCUGGCAUUAGUUCCGAACGAGCCUACAACCACAAGAGCUGCCGUGGCUCGUCGUGAGGCGUCUGAACACUUCCCAGAAAUGCGUUCUGCUGUGGCAUCCACUCAUUUCGUGAAGUUCCAUCCCUUCCAGCAAAAGAGGAAUCAGCUUGAUGCUGAUGCCAAGAUCGCCCUCCGGAAUGACAUCUGGGAGACACUCAACAGUGGCCCCUCAGAUUCUUCUGCCGGUGAAGGUGUUGACAAUCUCACAUCGGCGCCGACUGUCGCAGCGGUGCAUGAAGAUGACACAGGAGGCAAAGUUGAACCAUAUGAUGUGGCCGGGCAAAUGAUCCUGCCAGUUGCCGUUAAUAAGGCUGUUGAGAGGUUCGAGAUGCAGGAGGCAGAGAAGCUUGUCAAAGAAUAUGAGAUGGUGCCAUACGAACAAAAGGCUGCUCCAGGCUAUUUGGCCGAUGAUGAUUUUGAGCUAGUUGAUCAUGGUUGGCUGUAG